GGCCCCUCCCCAGCAGAGGCGGAAGUGGCGCCGCCCGGGCCUUUUGCGUUCCGGGGUCCCUCAGCCCAGCGCUGUGCCUGGGCCCAUGGCCGCCUACUCCUACCGCCCGGGUCCCGGGGCCGGCCCAGCUGGAGGCGCGGCGCUGCCGGACCAGAGCUUCCUGUGGAACGUUUUCCAGAGGGUUGAUAAAGACAGGAGCGGGGUGAUAUCGGACAACGAGCUUCAGCAAGCAUUAUCCAACGGUACAUGGACUCCAUUUAAUCCAGUGACUGUCAGGUCGAUCAUAUCUAUGUUUGACCGAGAGAACAAGGCUGGCGUGAACUUCAGCGAGUUCACUGGCGUCUGGAAGUACAUCACAGAUUGGCAGAACGUCUUCCGCACCUAUGACAGGGACAACUCUGGGAUGAUUGACAAGAACGAGCUCAAGCAAGCACUCUCAGGUUUUGGGUACCGGCUCUCCGACCAGUUUCAUGACAUCCUCAUUCGCAAGUUCGACAGACAAGGACGGGGGCAGAUCGCAUUUGACGACUUCAUCCAGGGCUGCAUCGUCUUGCAGAGGUUGACCGAUAUAUUCAGGCGUUACGACACGGAUCAGGACGGCUGGAUUCAGGUGUCAUACGAACAGUAUCUGUCUAUGGUCUUCAGCAUCGUGUAACACUGGCCUUUGCAAAGAGCAGCAUGACUUACGGAAGGAAAACUAAAAAUGCCAAAUCUCACUUUAAAGUAACGGUACACAGAUGCAGCCAGAUACUGUUCUUUUAGAUUUUAUAUAAUUAACAUUCGGGGACCCAACUGUACAUAUGUGGAUAAGCUGAUAAGGUUUUUGCAAAUGUAACAAUAGUUAUAAUCAUUAUUCACAUACGUUUGAUUUGAGACUGUUCAAUUGUGCCAUGAGGUAAGAUAUGAUAAUGUUUCAGGUAUCUUGCAUGCAAAAAAUUCAUCAUGUGCGUUUCUAGAUAGUUGCAGUUGUAGAGUGGAAAUACUUCUCUUAGCCAGUAGGAAUUUAAAAAUAAUACACAACCUGCACAGACGCUUUUAUGUGCCUUACAUUUUUAAAACGGGGUGUAUUGUAUGUGUUUGAAUAUGCAACAUGAGCAGUAAAGCAAACACGCCUCCGUCCCAGUCUGCCAUGGCGCUCGCGGGGGUCCAGGACACCUCCUGGGCUGUCCGCCUGACUCUGCUUAUGGGAAAUCCAAGGGUACCGCCUUCCUUUGUGACAGGAGUUAGUUUAAAUUUGAUAAAAACUUCUUUGAAUAUGUAAAUCCAA